AUGAAACGAAUAAACAAAUAGGAAAAUUCCAAACAGCUGCAAAACCUAACUCCCUGCUUCCUGUCUCAACUAAUGAUAUAGCUAUUGAUGGAUUGGAUACGGAUAUAUACGGCAAUUUGUCUGCCAUGAAGGAUACCAGUAUACCAGUCGAACGUUUACCUACCUAUAUAGAUGGCCUUUCUCAAAAUGACAAUGCUGCGUUUAAGGCUGAGUUUGAUCAAUUGCCUUCCACGCCACAAGCAAAAUAUGAUGUAUCGUCAAAGCAAGAAAACAAAGUUAGAAAUCGGUUUGUCAACAUACCAACAUACGACCAUACCAGAGUUGUACUUGACACAACGUCAAAUGAUACUGACUAUAUCAGUGCAUCGUAUAUAGAGGGAUAUGGGGACACCAAAAAGAGGUAUAUUGCACUACAGGGCCCGAAAGUUAACACAGUAAACGAUACAUGGAGGUUGUUGUGGCAGGAAAACAUCGCUUUAGUAGUAACAUUAACUAAUUUGGUAGAAAAUGGAAAGAAAAAAUGUGAGAAAUAUUGGCCAGAUAAUGAACACAAAGAGCACUACGGUGACAUCACUGUAGAAGCAAUGGGUGAAGAAACUAGAAAUAUAUAUACAAAAAGAAUAUUCUGUGUCAAGAAAAAGGAAGAUCCAGGUGAAAGAGAGAUAGUACAAUACCAUUUUACGGGCUGGCUCGAUCAUAGCGCUCCCUCCAAUUCGGGUCACGUGAUAUAUUUCCAUAGACUUGUUAUGGCAGCUAAA